AUGCAUAAAUUAAUGCAUAUUCAUUUACUAAUCGACCAUUCCAUGUUUUCGCUGAGCUUCUUCUGUGAAAUGGUAGUCGAAGAAGAACUCCUCUCCCUUGUAGAUGUCUCUCUUGGCGUAGAAUACGAUCUUAGUCACGCCUCUGAGUGUCUUCACGGUCGUCCUCAAAUUUGCAUCAUCACUACUGUGAUUUAUGUAUCUGCUCUUGUUUCCCAAAAUGAAUGCAUCAAUCGACCACAUCACGUCUGUUCCCCUGUUGGCCAUGUUGAACAAAUAGCUCAGGUUGUUCAUCUCGUAGAAGUUUCCUCUUCUUUCUGCCUCCUUGUCACUUACUAUUUCACCUGUAUGUUCCAUCACAAACUCAUUCUUUUUUAUGACAUCUUCUUCACAAAAUAG